AUGGCGUCCGCGUCGUCGGGAAGUCAGCUGAAGAGAAAAGCUAUCAGCCUCGAGACGAAGCACAGCAUCCUCGACAACCAUCGUUCCGGGAUUCCAGUGAAGACCUUGGUUACAAAGUAUGGUCUUUCGCAGCCGACUGUUUCUACAAUCAUCAGGAACCGGGACAAGAUCGUUGCGUCCGCGACACUGGACGGUGCGUCCGGGAAACGAAAGAGAAUGCGGGGAGCAGCACUCCCGGACGUCGAGGCCGCUCUCUACAAGUGGUUUCUGGAAGUUCGUGGCCGGAAUAUCCCCGUAAGUGGUGCCGUUCUCACAGCGAAAGCGAAGCAACUGGCCUUUCUGAUGGAGCACGAGGGGUUCAGUCCUGGGAACGCUCCUGCCGUCACACACACAUGCAUUGAGGAACGAGACGCUGGUGGCAAGCACAGCAAAGUUCGAGUGACGGUCCUACUGUGCUGCAAUAUGGACGGCAGCGAUCGCCAAAAGCUGUUUGUGAUCGGCAAGUCAGCGAAACCACGAGACUUCCGAAGUCUGUACAGCCUGCCCGUGCGUUACAGGAGCAACUCAAAAGCAUGGAUGACGAAGGUGCUGUUCGCCGAGUGGCUUGUCGAGCUCGAUCAAGAAAUGGCAAGGAAAGGCAGGAAGAUCCUCCUCCUGCUGGACAACUGCAGCGCACAUCGCGUCAAUCCCCGGCUGUCUAACGUGGAGCUACUGUUUCUACCUCCAAACAGCACCAGCAAAACUCAGCCGCUUGACAUGGGAAUCAUUGCUACAAGCGGAGAGUGA